AGAUUGUACGAUAAUUUCUAUCAUGAUGCAAAAUUUGAGAAUUUAUAUUAUUUCACUCAUGCGUUGAUAGUCUAAAUCGCAGUAGCAUGAUUUUAUUUUGUCCAAUAAAAUCUUGGGAAAAUACCGGGAAAUACAAGUUCUCUAUUCCUAUUGGUCCUUACGAUCCGCUCUACUAAGUUUCACCACUGCCGAUACUGUAACUUUAUCCAGCGCCUGCUGUACACGCUUUCUUAUUGGUCAGUAUAGCAUCUACCAAUGCGAACAAGAGAAUAUAAGUUCGAUAUUUCGAUUAUGUUCACACUUCAUAUGUAUCGUAUAUUUUCGUGUAGAAAAGUUGGCAGUUAUUUCGUUAUAUUAUUAUGAUUAUAUGUCUGUAUUCGCUCUGACAAACGGAAUUAUUCAAAUUAAGUGAAGAAAGAAGUACUUGCAUGCAUAUCAAUAUUACAAUUUAUAUGAUUUAUUUAUCUAUAAUAGACAUUAUCCUAAAAAAUACGAUAAUUUCGAUCCAUGUACGAUAAUUUUUACUCCCCUGGUACGAUAGUCAGUCCACUUCAAGUUGCUAACGCUGAACUAGAAUGGAAGUGGAAGCAAAAAUUAAGGAGGAUAUGAAAAAACUUGGAUGCACUUGCGAGAAACAAUUAGCUCUAGCUUUUCAUCUGUAUAUUUAUUUAGUUGAUCAAAAGUUGAUGUAUGAUACCGAAUAUUGCUAUAACAAGGAUAUUGAUAAACUAUACAUCGUCGCGCGAUCAUCGAAACAAGACAAUUUGAACAUUUACGUGCCGGUCCCAAUGGACUUCAUUAUAAACAUGGGUUACAUAAAUCAGUUACAAGAAAAUUUGUGUACAGUAGAAACAGGGCCCGGUAUAAACUUAGCUUUUAUUGAAACUGAUUUUACAGUUGUGAUCUAUACAUUUACUAAAGGUCUCCUAGACCGACCUAGUGUAGAAAGAAUGGAUCAAAUAAGAGAAAAGCAGGACCGAAGAAUGUUUAUAAAUAGUGAAUUGAAGAAAAAUAAAGAUAUUAUAUUAAAAGAUGCUUUAGAUGGAGGUGAUGUAGAUGAAUGUUAAGUGUCACGGUUAGAUUGAUUGUGAAUGACUUGAUAAAAACUAAAACUAUAGUUAAUAUACUAAUUAUCAUUUUAUAUAUAAUAUGAUAUAGUAAUCAGUUAUUAACUUAGCAUUCCAUUGAUUUGUCAGUGCUAAAGAAUUGAAAGACUUGUUUGGUGGUCUAUUAUAUACUUGCAAUAUUAUGAAAAACAAUAAUUUGAUUAGUGAAAACUAGUACCUAUUUUCUUAAAUAAAACUUUUAAUAACUAUCAAUAUUUACAUUCGAAUAAUAAAACAGGGUUCAGAUUAACCUACGGACACGGAUAUAUGCCUAUAUAUAAACCUUUGUAUGCUUAUUGCCUUGAUAUUGACAAUACUUAUAAUAAUAUCAAUAUAGCUUAGUAGAAUAUUUAGAUAAAAUUUUUGUAGGCAGUAAGACUUGCCGAUAUAUUUGGAAUUUUCUCAGUGAUAGAACUUUAUCCAUUACAUGUAAAAAUUUUACAUUGAAAAGAAAAACCAACCGGUUUUAUAUUAUGUAAAGCUAUAAAUAUGUAUAAAACAAGCUGGAAACUGCAAUUUACUAA